GUGAUUAUCUUGAUGCUAUUUGUUAGUUAGUAAAAUCAUAGUGUUUUUGUAUUUGUAAAUUGUUGUUUGUCAUUUAAUCAUUUUCCUUGUUCAAUAUUAGUUAAUUGUGAUUGUUAAUUGAUUGUGUUGAAAUUGAAAAAGAUGAAAAUAUUUGUCUUUCUUAGAUAAACAUUAACAAGCCUCCCGAAGGAACCAAAAAAUGAUGAAGGUUGUCACCUAUUUUCCCACCAAAUAUUGUCACCGAGCCAGUUAAUAAGACACAAUUAAAUUUUAACCUUCAUUGUUAAUCUUGACUUCAUCUAAUUAAGUAUCAACUGUACUCUUAUAGAUUCUCAUUUAAUCAUCUUCUAACUGUGAACAAUUAAACCGAUCACCAUUAGUCAACUAACAUUAGGAUUUAUAUUAUUACAUGGGUAACGCUCAAGGUACCAGGCGAACUGGUCCUGGACCCACUUUUGAUUAUGUUUUUGGUCCCGAUAGUGGACCUUGUCCAUUUAAAGUUCCCAAGCUUCAUCGACUUGUAAGACAAAGUGAUCAUGGUAAAUUGGCCAAAUUAAUUGCCGCAGGUGAUAAUGUUGACUCUCAAGAUCAAGAUGGAAUGACACCUUUACAUUAUGCCGCUGCCCAAGGUGAUUUAAUUUCGGUUCAAUUGUUAACCGAAGCUGGUUGUUCCCAAAUACCAUGUAAAUUAAACAUCUACCCGAUUCAUUUGGCUGUUCAAAACGGUAAUCAACAAGUUAUACAACAGAUACUUGAUUAUGGUGGUAAUGUUGAUAGUUAUGAUUCCAUGGGUACAACACCUUUAGGCCUGGCAAUUGAAUUUGAUUCUCCUUCAGUGGUUUCCCUAUUACUCCAACGAAAAGCUUUCCUAGACUCUAAUUAUCUCCUGGAAUCAAUUCGUCAAGGUUUACUGGAGAUUACAAGAAUAUUGAUCAACUUUAAUCCUUCACUAAUCAAUAAUCUUAAAUUGGACAGAUUCCGUUUCAAUUCAAAGUCAACCGAUUGUCUUAAACUACUUUACCUGGUUGGGUACAAAUUUGACAAUAAUUUUUCCAUCCUUAAUCAAUCUGAACUGCGAUUUACCUCGUGCCAUAUUGAAUACAUUGAUCGGCAAUAUAAACAUGAAAUGACCGCUUUCCAUGAAUUCCUAGAAUGGAUGAAAAAUCAACAAAAACCCAUGAAACUCAAAUUUUUGGCCAGAAUUGUUUUACUCAAAGCCUGUGGAAGCCAAAGUAUUGACAAUUUCCUUGACGGUUAUCCACCAAUACCACCAACCAUCAGAGACUUUGUUUCCCUUAGAUGGUUAUUAUGAUUAAUCACAAGCGAUUAACCUUUCAUAUCAAUUACCAAUUUGUACAAACAAAUUAACCCCAUUUAGCUGUUAUGAUCUGUAAAUUGUGCUUUGCAACCUCUCAACGUUAACUAAAUUAGUGAACAAAGAAAAACAAACAAUUAUAUUGUUAUAAUUUAUAAAAUUGUAUAAAAUAUACAAAGACACCAAAAAAACCUUUGUUAAUUUGGAGACAAUUAUAAUUGAAACAUGUAAUCAACUAUUUUUUCAUGUUCCAUUUGUCUCAAAGUAUGUGACGAUCCCGAUGAUUUAGUCACAAUAAUAAAUUUUGAUUGUUGAGGAUUGAAUAUGUAAAA